CGUCAGGUCAUGUGACUGCGGCGUAAACAGGAAGCAGCUGAUCUCAACUCUUGUGUGUCUUGAGUUGGAGCCCUUCAGAUAAUCUACAAAAGUGGAUUCUUCAACGCCCGUAAUCCGAUGUCUACUACAGUUUGAACACAAGUCAACUUUUUGUCCACGUCGGGGCGAGCAAGAGGCGAGCAAGAGGCGAGCUGCGCACCAGAAGUCAUCCCAGCCGCAGCUCGUUGCGAACUUCCCAAGGCGAUGUCCAGUUCAGCCAUGAAGAAAAAGGUGUUAUUGAUGGGGAAAAGCGGGUCGGGAAAGACCAGCAUGAGAUCAAUCAUCUUUGCCAAUUACAUUGCUCGAGACACGCGUCGCCUUGGAGCAACAAUUGACGUUGAACACUCCCACGUGCGCUUUCUUGGCAAUCUCGUUCUAAACCUUUGGGACUGUGGAGGACAAGACACGUUCAUGGAGAACUACUUCACCAGCCAGCGGGACAACAUCUUCAGGAAUGUGGAGGUGCUGAUUUAUGUUUUCGACGUGGAGAGCCGCGAGCUGGAGAAAGACAUGCAUUACUACCAGUCGUGUCUGGAAGCCAUCCUGCAGAAUUCCCCCGACGCCAAAGUCUUCUGUUUGGUGCACAAAAUGGAUCUGGUGCAGGAGGACCAGAGAGACUUGAUCUUCAAAGAGCGCGAGGAGGACUUGAAGAGACUGUCGCGACCUUUAGCUUGCACGUGCUUCAGGACGUCCAUCUGGGAUGAAACCCUCUACAAGGCGUGGUCCAGCAUUGUGUACCAGCUGAUCCCAAACGUCCAGCAACUGGAGACCAACCUGAGGAACUUUGCGCAGAUUAUCGAGGCAGAUGAAGUCCUUCUGUUCGAGAGAGCAACUUUCCUGGUGAUCUCCCACUAUCAGUGCAAAGAGCAGCGCGACGCUCACCGAUUUGAGAAGAUCAGCAACAUCAUCAAACAGUUCAAACUCAGCUGUAGUAAACUGGCAGCCUCUUUCCAGAGCAUGGAAGUGAGGAACUCCAACUUUGCGGCCUUCAUUGACGUCUUCACCUCCAACACAUACGUCAUGGUCAUCAUGUCAGACCCGUCUAUUCCCUCCGCAGCCACCCUCAUCAAUAUCCGCAAUGCUAGGAAACACUUUGAGAAGUUGGAGCGCGUGGACGGACCCAAGCACAGCCUUCACAUGCGAAUGCGCUAGGCGCCGAGCAUCCUCGUCGGACCGUCUCAGCCAAUCAGCUCCCGGAUCUCGGAUCGCAGCUCCUUUUCUAAACGCGAGGAGGCCGCAUCCUCGCGUUCAAUCACGCUUAACAUGAGGACUUUACUUUUUUUUUUUUUUUUUUUUUCUUCUUCCCGGUCACUUUAAGAAUCUCGAGCGGUGCCGUUUUUUUUUUUUGUUUUCUCGUCAACUAUUUGUCCUCCUGUGGCCUAUUAAACAAUGAAAUGAAACCAUGUGUUUACUCUGAAGGGGGAUGUGAUGUACCUCACUGUUGUGUACCGAAGACCCCAGUGUUCCGGGGGGGGGGGUCUCUCCUCUUUUUUUUUUGUCGUCAGUAUGAAAUGAAACAGCUACUCCGCCAAUGUAUGUGUGCUGUUCUUUGAAAAUACAAGCAAUAU